GAAUGUUAGCAUUCAAGUUUAAGACGUGUAGUAACACAUUCUCAACGGUAGCUACAUAAAGAAUCUUCAAAAUUCUCAAGUUUGUCAUCAAUGGCAGCAAUGGCUUCGAUGACGAUGAAAUCUUCUACACUGCUCAACUGUGGAGCAAGCCAAAAGAGCUUCAUGAGUCACGCCAAUAGAGCGCCCCUCAGGAGCCUUCGAGUCAAGUGCAACGCAGAGCAGGCAGAUUCAGAGUCGAAAAAAGCCUCCUCAAUAAACGACAUUCCUUCUGCUACUACAUCGACACAGUCCGCUCAAAUUCCAACCAGAAGCCCCGUGCCUCCUGUCCCCACUAAAAAGGUGAGCACAAAGUUUAGUGACGUGUUCGCAUUCUCAGGACCAGCACCAGAGACCAUCAAUGGAAGGCUGGCCAUGGUGGGGUUCGUUUCGGCGGUUGCAGUUGAGUUAGCCAGCGGACAAGACUUGGUGAGUCAGCUCAACAGUGGAGGGCUGCCGUGGUUUGUUUACAGCGUAGUAAUGUUGUCGGCUGCGUCGUUGGUGCCCAUGUUUAGUGGAAUAUCGGCGGAGAGCAAGUCGCAGCCAAUAUUUUCAUCGUCGGCAGAAAUGUUGAACGGGCGUUUGGCUAUGAUUGGCCUAGCGGCCUUGGCUGUCACAGAGUUUGUGAAGGGGGGUCCUCUUGUAUAAUUACUACUUCUUCAACUAUUUCAAGACUCCAAGCGUACGGAAGAAAAAGUCUAAAGUUGAGAGCGACACAGUUUACACUCUGUAAUCUUGUGGGCAGCUGUACGAAAUCUUCAUCUGCAAGAAGAGACAAGUGCUUGAUUUUGUAAUACUAGUUCAUACUAAAUCUCAUAUGUGGAAUUACAGUGAGGGAAAUGAUGGAAUCCUGUAAAAUCUUUCAGAAAAUAAUAUGUAUAAAACAAAAAAUCUAACCAAAUAGAUAUUCAAUAAGUUGAAUCUUA